GCAGGUUUCCGUGUGUUUGCAAUGCAAAAUGGUUACUUCUGCAUAUAUCUGUGAUAUUAACUGUUAGUUUUUGUCACUGAAAUGUGUGUUUCUGCAGCAUUCCCUGCAGGCUCACAGCAGAUAUUUUCUGUUCUAUCUUAUAAUAUUGCUUUAAAACGUUAGCUCUGCUGUGCUUCUUCAUCAUCUGUGUCAUAAACUUGUUCAAACCUUUAUUCUCUUUAAGGAAACCAGCAAAGUAAAGACAUUUUCUCUUCUCUUGGUUGUUAGGAGGCAGGUGCAGAAACUAAAAUUGCUUGUGUGAAAGAGUUUGUUUGUUGUUGCUGCUGAUAGUUGUAUCUGAGUGAGCAUGCAGGUGUUGGAGAACAAGUUGUCGGUGCGACGCUGCCUCACCUUCGUUACGGGCCUGGUGGAGUGUCUGUGCUUCGCCGGGGUCGUGUUCGGAUGGGCUUCUCUUGUUUUUGUCCUCAAGGAGGACGGCUACUUCAGUUCUCUGUGCUUUAACACAACAGGAGUCAAUGACACUCAGAAAUUAGACUGCAGUGCACAAGAUGAGCAGUUUUCACUUAUUUUCACCAUCACCUCUUUUAUAAACAACUUUUUCGCGCUGCCCAACGGCUUCCUUUUUGAUCACUUUGGUACCACAGUGGCUCGACUCUUGGCAAUAUUUCUUUACACCACUGGCUCCCUGAUGGUGGCGCUCUCUUCGCCGGCUCUGUCUUUCCUGCUCUUCCUAGCUCUCCCCCUUUUGGCUAUCGGAGGCAUUUUAUUUCUGAUCACAAACAUGCAGACAGACCACCAGUCGCCUCAGGAGGAAUUGAUGCUUAGUGAAAGAUGGCAUUGUGUGUCGUCUCCUAAUCGUAUCCCUAAGUUCAACUCUUCAAAAUGCAGUUCAGUUUCCUUUGAGUUCAAGUUUUAUCAUGUACAAAAGCUUCAAUAUGAUAUUGAUCUGUUUUGCCUCCUGAAGAUUGGAAACCUGUUUGACUCACGUCGCUCUACCAUAAUCAAUCUUUAUAAUGGAGCUUUUGAUUCUUCCUCAGCACUCUUCCUCAUCAUUAAGUUGUUACAUGAGUCUGGCGUCUCUCUCCGCACUUCCUUCCUCUUUCUGUCGGCCUGCAGCGUCGUCCACAUCCUCAGGACGUUCUUCCUGCUGCCCAGAACCUUCAUUCCUCACCCACUGCCUGAUCGCUACGCGUACGGGGUUUCUUGUGGUCCAUUAGAGACUAUGAGCAGUGAGGUGACUGCAAACAGCUGUGCACUUACAGGAGCAGAGGACACACCGUUUACAAAGGACGUCCCUCUAAAACAAGAGAAGACUUUCCGAGAGUGUUUGCUGUCCAGGUUCUUUGUGGGCCACCUGCUCUGGCUGUCGGUGAUGCAGCUCAGGCACUUCCUGUUCAUCGGGACCCUCAACCCCAUGCUGCUCAGGCUGACAGACGGAGAUUCCUCUCUGGUGAGCCAGUACACCAACGCCUUUGCUUUCACCCAGCUGUGCGCUGUGCUGUGCGCUCCCUGGAACGGCCUCAUCAUGGACAGACACAGGGGGAAACCUCGGGCUGCCGGAGAGACUGUGCAUGAGGCCGACCUGCGGGCGUCUGUGCUUUCUUUAUUCCUGACUGCGCUGCAGUGCGUCUUGUUCUCUCUGUGUGCCUCCAUCCCCUCCCUGCCGCUUCAGUACCUCACCUUCAUCCUGCAGGUGCUGAACCGCUCCUUCCUCUACGGCGGCAUCGCAGCCUUCAUCAGCGUGGCGUUUCCAUCGUGUCACUUCGGGAAGCUGUAUGGUCUUGGUACGUCGCUGGCUGCGUUGUUUUGUCUGCUGCAGUAUCCCUGCUUUGCUCUGGUGAACGGAGCUCUGGGUGGAGAUCCUUUAUACGUGAACAUUAGCCUGACGCUGCUCAGCUUGCUGCCCUUCGUACAUCCCCUCUCUGUUUACCUCCACUGUCGAAAACUCGCCUCUCUGAGAGACAAGAGGGAAACCACAGCUUUCUCCUCUUGAAGCCCACUGACUGAUGGGACAAUGUUCCCCACAUGAAUGACUGUGCCAUUGUACCAGUUGUGACAAACAGAUUCACUGUGCUGGGUUUGAAAAUAUAUUACGGGCAUAAGCUUUAAUUAAAUGUUAACCCAACUGUUUAUCUAGCAGAUUUUAUAUACUGAAUUUCUCUCAAGUAAGAAAUGAACACUUAUUAUGGGUUGUCCUUGAAAUGUUACAGACCGGAUGAGGCUUAUUUACCAGAUAAUUUCAUAACAAUCAUAGUGGCUUGCCUAAAAUUUUACAGUUUAGCCGCCCUGUUGAUGAAAGGGAGUCUGUAACUCAGCAACACACACAUCUUGUUUCUCCUGUCUAACCCAAAGAUCACAUGAGCAUAAAUCUAAAUACUGCAGAGGUGUUAAAGUUGCCAGAUCUGUCUCACAUCAGAACAGGCCCAUUUACAGAUCCAACUGUGAUUUUAAAAAAUAAACAAAUAAUUGUUUUCGGUCAGGAAGGUUGAACUUUUAUGUUCUGGGUAUGCCCCUAGUUUCUCUGCCCAGUUGAAAUAUUAAAAAAACAUCUGGUGGUGUCCAUAAUGUGUCCUGCUUGAGCAAAUACCAACCAUCCUGCUGUGCAGUUUCAGAAUAUGGAAACACUUUUAGGAGACCUUUCAAAGAUUCAAAGAAGGCUGGGUAAUGAACAAGUCAAAACUUUUGUCUGGAGUCUGAAUCUGCAGAAAGGCGACUGCUUCAACUAGUGGGCUGUAAAAAUCCACAAACCUACUUGACCCCUCUCCGUGGGUCAAUACCUGAGAAACACCAGAUACUCUCCAGAGACUAAGUCGAGAGUUCAACUUCAGUGUGGAGUUUAGUCAGGCUGUAGUUGGUAAUGCUCAAGGUAAUAAUGAGGCAUGGCUUGACUCCCAGUUUCAGAAUCACAUUGUGCCAAACUUUCCGCCCUGCAGACGGUGGACCCAGAUGAAAAAACAACCUGUAUCUUGUUGGAAAGGGCCUGUCGAUCACCAAGCUAUGCAUACUGCUCAACCACAUUUAUCAUCUUCUAAUCCUUUUAAUUUGUUUCAUGGUUUCACCUCACAUACUGGAGCUCUUACGUGGCGCAAAACAAAAGUUGAUUAUAUGAUGUUAACAUGAUUUUCUUGAGACCUUGUUUUUUCUUUCAUCUAAUAAAUUUUU